UAAUUUAAUUAUUUUGAAAGAGGAAAUAACUUUUUAAGGAAAAUAGUCAUAAUAUUGAAUGGGUUCAUUCACGGGGCAAAAGAGUUGGACUAAUAACUCACUUCCCCUUCAAAAUUGGGAUGUUGGUGGUUGUUUUUAAUCCAGCGUCAAUGGAUUUUCUGUAAUCAAUAGCGGGCGGGUUAGGUUUGGUUUCCUCGUCUGCUUUUUUAUUCAUUUGAGAGUGGAAAAAUGAAUUUGGUUCCCAGAGAAAUAGAGAAAUUGAUGCUCCAUAAUGCUGGAUAUCUAGCUCAAAAGCGUCUUGCCCGAGCCCAACCUCUUAAUUAUACUGAAGCGGUUGCUCUUAUUGCAGCUCAGGUCUUAGAAUUUGUCCGUGAUGGAGAUAAGAGUGUGGCCGAGCUGAUGGACAUGGGGAGACAAUUACUGGGAAGGAGACAAGUUCUUCCAAUGGUUCCUCAUAUGUUGGAUACUGUUCAGGUAGAGGGGACCUUUCCAGAUGGAACAAAAUUAAUUACCAUCCAUGACCCUAUAUCAUGUGAAAACGGAAAUCUGGAUCUAGCUCUGCACGGUUCUUUCCUUCCUGUUCCUCCUCAGGACAAGUUUCCGGUGCUAGAAGAUAGUAAAAUUCCCGGUGAAAUGUGCUUUCGAGAUGGACUUAUUGUACUUAAUCCUCAAAGAAAGGCAGUAAUUCUCAAAGUGACUAAUACAGGCGACAGACCAAUUCAGGUUGGAAGCCACUAUCACUUUAUCGAGGUCAAUCCAUCCUUGAUAUUUGAUCGAAUGAGAGCACAUGGCAUGCGUCUAAAUAUACCUGCAGGAACAGCCACGAGGUUUGAACCAGGAGAAACAAGAAGUGUUGUUCUUGUUACGAUUAGUGGCAAACAAGUGAUCAGAGGAGGCAAUGCAGUUGCUGACUGUCCAGUUGAUGAUGCAAAAGUUAUGAAAUUAAUGGGAGCUCUGAGUGAAGGAGGAUUUGGUAAUUUGGAGGAGCCAAAUGCAAGGGAAGGUGUUGUAGGAGAAGAAUCUGGCUUUUCGUUUUCGAUGUCUCAUGAGGCAUAUGCCAACAUGUAUGGCCCCACUACUGGAGACAGAAUACGUCUGGGUGACACUGACCUAUUUGCUGAGAUUGAGAAAGACUUUGGUAUCUACGGUGAUGAGUGUGUGUUUGGGGGUGGAAAAGUUCUAAGAGAUGGAAUGGGUCAGGCAUGUGGAUAUUCUUCAGUAGCUUGUUUGGAUACUGUUAUAACAAAUGCUGUAGUGAUUGACUAUACAGGAAUUUUCAAGUGUGAUAUUGGAAUUAAAGAUGGUCGUAUUGUUUCCCUUUGUAAGGCAGGUAACCCAGAUGUCAUGAAUGUUGAUACAAUAAUUGGGGUUAACACUGAGGUUAUUGCAGGCGAAGGAAUGAUUGUAACAGCAGGAGCUAUAGAUUGUCAUGUGCACUUUAUAUGCCCUCAACUAGCAUAUGAGGCAAUAUCAAGUGGAAUCACUACAAUGAUCGGAGGUGGUACAGGGCCUGCUCAUGGGACACGUGCAACCACAUGUACACCGGGGCAUGUGCACAUGGAGCUGAUGUUGCAGUCAACAGACGAAAUUCCCCUAAACUUUGGUUUCACCGGAAAGGGUAACAGUUCCAAGGCUGAUGGCCUACAUGAAAUAAUCAAAGCUGGAGCAAUGGGUCUGAAGCUUCAUGAGGACUGGGGAACUACUCCUGCUGCUAUAGAUAUGUGCUUAAUUGUUGCAGAUCAAUAUGAUAUUCAGGUCAACAUCCAUACUGACACAUUGAAUGAAUCUGGAUUUGUUGAGCGUACAAUUGCUGCUUUUAAAGGUCGCACCAUACAUACAUAUCACAGUGAAGGUGCUGGUGGUGGACAUGCUCCGGAUAUAAUCAAAGUUUGUGGUGUAAAGAAUGUAAUUCCCUCAUCAACCAAUCCAACACGUCCAUUCACUUUGAAUACUGUGGAUGAGCACCUUGACAUGCUGAUGGUAUGCCAUCAUCUUAACAAGGACAUCCGAGAGGAUGUAGCUUUUGCUGAAUCCCGGAUUCGGGCUGAAACAAUUGCUGCAGAAGACAUUUUGCAUGAUAUGGGAGCAAUUAGCAUUAUAUCUUCUGAUUCACAAGCCAUGGGCCGAAUUGGAGAGGUGAUUUGUAGAACAUGGCAGACUGCCCACAAGAUGAAGUCAUUUAGAGGACCAUUGGACAUUGAUGGGCCAUACAAUGACAAUUUCCGGAUCAAACGUUACAUCGCAAAAUACACUAUAAAUCCGGCAAUUGCUAAUGGGAUCUCUCAAUAUGUCGGAUCAGUUGAGGUAGGGAAAUUAGCCGAUCUUGUGGUGUGGAAACCGUCGUUUUUUGGGGCGAAACCAGAAAUGGUGAUCAAAGGAGGCGUAAUAGCUUGGUCAAACAUGGGAGACCCAAAUGCUAGCAUCCCAACUCCUGAACCGGUGUUAAUGAGGCCUAUGUUUGGAGCAUUCUCCAAGGCUGCAAGUACUAAUUCAAUUGCUUUUGUAAGCAAGGCAGCUCUGGAUGCUGGAAUAAAGGACUCAUAUGGACUAAACAAGAGGGUUGAAGCUGUAACUAAUGUGAGAAAUAUCAGUAAGUUAGAUAUGAAGCAUAAUGAUGCACUGCCUGACAUCAAAGUUGAUCCCGAGACAUACACGGUGACCGCGGAUGGAACAGUUCUUACGUGCCCUCCGGCAGCUACUGUACCACUCUCUAGGAACUAUUUCCUCUUCUAGAACUGGCUUGGCUAGGUGGGAUAGCCGAGCCAUUCCCCUUUCUUUCGGAUAGCAAAUUGGGCAAAACCACUAAAGAAAAAAAUCCAUUCAAUUAGCAAAAUACCGGUUUUCAAGACCGGGGCUAUCAACCACUCAGCCAUCUUUUCGAUAGACUACUUUUAUUUUAUUCCUCCAAAUAGAACAUGGCUAUAGGGGUGGAUACCCCCACUAUCUGAAGAAAGAUCUCUGGUGCGAAUUCACCGGUCGAUCUAUCUAUUCAUAUAUAGAUAGAUGAUCUAGCAUGCCCAUUUGUGAAAUGAAAAAUAAAAUUUCAUUUCUCUCCUCUCUCCACCCCACUCCAUGUACGAAUAAAGUGCGAAAGGGGGAGUAGUAAUAAGUCAUAUAGAAUCAAUGGAUUCAUGAUAAAGUAAAAUCCCUCGAUGACAUUUACAGGCCCAAGUACACCUAAAAAAAAAACUGGCAUUGGCAACUACUACUAGUGGAACUAUUAAUGGAGCUUUUUUGUUUUCCUUGAAGAAUAAAAAAACUCCAGAAAGUUUUUCAGAUCUCUAUCCCCUUUUAAUAUUGUAAUAGUAAUUUCCUUUUUGGAUUGAGAAGUUCUGUCACUUCGCUUAAUUUGAUUUGUUUUUUACUUCUUUAGGGGAAUUUUUCAUAAA